UCCUCUUUAAUAAGAGUACUAAUCUUCUUUAUACUUAAAAAAAACAAAAAAAAGCUUAGAUUUAUAAUCAAUUAUAAAAAACUUAACGAAAUUACUAAAAAAAAUUACUAUUUAUUACCCUUUAUUAUAAAACUUAAAAAAAUAUUAUACAAAGCUUAA